AUGCCUCCCAAGAAAGCCGUUAAAGAAGAAAAGAUCCUGCUAGGCAGGCCGGGCAAUAACUUGAAGAGCGGUAUCGUUGGUCUGGCUAAUGUCGGCAAAUCUACACUCUUCCAAGCCAUCACAAAAUGUUCGCUGGGCAACCCUGCAAACUUCCCCUAUGCCACCAUCGAUCCUGAGGAGGCACGCGUCAUUGUCCCUGACGCCCGAUAUGACUGGCUUUGCGAACACUACAAACCAAAAUCCCAAGUGCCAGCCAAUUUGACGGUCUAUGAUAUCGCUGGGUUGACAAGAGGUUCUUCUACAGGCGCUGGCCUCGGCAAUGCCUUCUUGUCGCAUAUCAGAGCCGUCGAUGCUAUUUUCCAGGUCGUGCGAUGUUUCGAUGAUGCCGAGAUCAUCCACGUCGAAGGAGAUGUCAACCCGACGCGAGAUUUGGACAUCAUUUCCGAAGAGCUGAGGUUAAAGGACAUCGAGUUCGUCGAGAAGGCCAAGGAAAACUUAGCCAAGCAGACAAGAAGAGGCGGCCAAAGUCUUGAAAUGAAGAAACUGAAAGAAGAGGAGGCCACCGUGGACAAGAUCCUCGCUUUUUUGAAAGACGGCAAAGAAGUCCGAAAGGGCGACUGGACUCCCAAAGAGGUCGAGGUGAUCAACCCUCUCUUCCUCCUCACCGCAAAACCAGUGGUCUACCUAGUCAACCUGUCUGAAAAGGACUACAUCAGACAAAAGAACAAGUAUCUACCGAAAGUGAUGGAGUGGAUCAAGACCAACGCCACCGGUGACCCGGUCAUCCCGAUUUCCGUAUCCUUUGAGGAACGCCUCGCCAGCAUGUCCGACGAAGAGGCGGCCGAGGAAUGCAAAAAGCUCAGCACGAAAUCCGCACUUCCCAAAGUCGUCGUGACCAUGCGUCAAGUACUCAACCUCAUCAGCUUCUUCACCACGGGCACCGACGAGGUUCGACAGUGGACGAUCCGGAAGGGAACCAAGGCCCCGCAGGCCGCAGGGGUGAUCCAUACCGAUUUCGAAAAGACCUUCAUCCAGGUCAUAGUGUACAACUUCGCGACGUUGAAGGAGUACGGGGACGAAAAUGCCGUGAAAGCCGCCGGAAAGAUCAUGACCAAGGGCAAAGAUUAUGUUGUGGAAGACGGUGAUAUUCUCCUUAUCAAAGCCGGUGCGGCCAAGGCUUGA